UUUAAAACUGAGUUUGGUAUUUAAAAAGAAAAAAAAAAACUAGUUUAGUUUCAGAGUUUUCUCCAAACCGAACGACACACAAAUUCGCAAUGGCCAGAGACAGUUGCCUCGCUCGUGUCGCAGCCGGUGCUGCCGUGGGAGGCGCUGUUGGCGGUGCCGUCGGUGCUGUUUAUGGAACAUAUGAGGCUGUUAGAUAUAAGGUACCUGGACUUUUGAAAAUUAGGCAUAUUGGACAAACUACACUUGGAAGUGCUGCUAUUUUUGGUAUAUUCUUGGGUGCUGGAAGCUUGAUUCACUGUGGGAAGUCAUACUGAACUCAUAAUGAUUUUUUAUUUUCCUACUUGCAGAGGUUUUGCUUGCCGCCCUUGUAAAUUAGAGAAUGAAUUUACCUUUUUUUUAUAGAAAUAUUUUAAAAGUUUUCUGGAUUUUUGAAAUGGUUUGGUGGAAGUAGCUGUAGCACUGCUCUUUGUAUGACAUUUCUCAUUUAUUUAUCCGUGGACAGUGGACAAUACUGUUGAAUCCA